AAACAGUUACACUACAGUGAGUGAGCUAGAAAGCUAACGUCUGGAGACAGAAACAGCGCAAUCCAAGAGGAGCUGGCACUGGGUGAGGACUGUCACAUCUCAUAGAAUCGAGAAGCUCAGAAUGGAAGCGAGGAAUUACUUUUUUGUGUUGGUGCUGGUUUUAAUUCAAGGAGCCUGGGCUGGAAAAUAUCUGUACGAUUAUUCCCAGGUAUAUUUUGUGCAGCAGCGGAAUCCCGAUAAACACUUUGAUCUGGAGGAGGACGGAGAUGAGGUUUUCUACAUGGACUUCAACCUGAAGAAGGAGGUGGCCCGGAUCCCCGCGUUUGCCCAUCUUGGCAUGCAGGGAGGGGAGGCGGGGAUCUCAGCCAAUAUCGCCAUCCUGAAAAACAAUUUGAAUGUUGUCAUGAACCUGUCCGGGGGGACCCCGGAACCGAAAGUUCACCCUGAAGUCUCUGUGUAUUCUGAGGACCUUGUAGAAUGGGGGCAGCUGAACGUAUUGAUCUGUUUCGCUGAUGGAUUCUACCCUCCGCACAUCACCAUGAAGUGGAGAAGGAACAAUGAACCCAUGACUGAUGGAGAUAACAUCACUGAGUUCUAUAUCAAAGAGGAUUUUACAUUUCGUAGAUUUUCAUACCUGAACAUUGUCCCGAGUCCUGGAGAUAUGUACUCCUGUCAUGUCGAACAUUCGAGCCUAAAGGAGCCAGUAACUGUAUUCUGGGAUCAGGGAGUUCCUGAGGAAAAGUCUGGUCCUGGGACGAUAAUCUGUGCUCUGGGACUCACCCUGGGAAUUAUCAGCGCUAUUGUAGGAAUCAUCUUGCUGAUCAAAGAGAGACAGCGGCUGCAAGCUCAGCAACAUGGCAUCUAGGGGUACCUUCAUUACGAUGUGGAAAGAAAAUGCAGAAAGUCACUGACAUCCUAUUGGUGAAACUGCAACAAGUUAGAAAUUAUUUCUUCAUUGGGUUAAAACCACCUUAUGAUGUUAUCGGAUGUAAAUCAUUUGCUCAACAAUGGAAAUCUACAUUCAGAUUUGUAAUAGAUGUUAUUGUCACAAGUACAAUGUCUCUUGUUUCCUAAACUUCAACAUUCAUGUCAUGUCUCAUAAAAAGGCAACUUGUUAAUUUAGUUGUGGAAUCCUGAUUGAUUUAAACAUAAACAGAGUUUCUCAGUUUGAUUUUCAGUGUUCUAUAAAUCCCUUCUCUAUAUUGUAGUUACAAUAAAUACUGUUAAUUUCUUUA